AUGGGAACUUACUACCCGGUGGGUAACGAGCAGACCACGAUGCUUCCCGGAUACAUCCCUGGAAGUAGUCAUUAUCCGAUUUACCUCGCUGAAUACACCCACCACUCCACUCCCGUCGGACGAGCACAAGCGGUUGAGAGACCAAGCCGAUAA